GUCUUUCGAGGUCUUCGAAGCCGGCUCCCUGUGAAACAUAGAGAUUGAUGAAAAGAAAGCGCUCGGAAUGGCACAUACGAUUCUUCUUCUGCAAACGAGUGGGCCUGAAACAAGAACCUACGCGGACUUUGAGAGCAUAAACGAGUGCAUGGAAAGAAUCUGUCACAUUUUCGAGGAGCAUCUGAAGAAGCAGAAUCCAGAAUCUCCGUCGAUCACCUAUGAUAUCUCUCAAUUGUUCGAAUUCAUCGACCAACUUCAUGACAUGACAUGCCUGGUCCAUCAGAAAACAACAAAUGUUUACUCGCCGUACACGAAGGCAUGGAUUAAAGAGAAGAUAUACGCUCUACUGAAGCAACAGGCCUCGUGAUACUCUCGAGAUUCAGGCAUUUCUUGUACAUAUGAGAAGAUUUGAUCGAGAAUCGCUGUGUAUGUGUCAAUGAAUUAUCCGAAUAAACUCGACUCA